UUCUCUUUUUUCUGUCGCAUAUAUCUCGUAUUCAAAAUCGCUCUCAAAUCAAUGGAAAAGAUGCUUAAUCUUGUUUAUGCUUUUGUUUUGCUCGGCUUUGUCACAACAUGCACAGCUACAACAUACCUGGUGGGGGAUACUUCUGGCUGGGACAUCAGCACCAAUCUUGCUACAUGGGCACAGGACAAGACUUUUAACGUUGGUGAUGUUCUACUGUUUCAAUACUCAUCGUCUCACAGUGUAAGCGAAGUGAAAAAAGAAGCUUUCGACAAAUGCGAAACAACAAAUGUUUUAAAAACAUAUUCAGGUGGAAACUCAACAAUCACUUUGACAAAACCAGGUGAAAGGUACUUUGUAUGUGGUAACAAGUUGCAUUGCUUAGGAGGUAUGAAGCUUCAGGUCAAUGUGGAGAACAAUCAGGAUUAUGCACCCGCCGGUCAACCUGAAUCUUCCAGCGGUUCCGACGAGCAAGGCCAAGGAGCUUCAAAUAUUAAUCCAAAACCUUCAUCUAGGACCAACUUUCCCACCUCAAAUUCUGCCUUCAAGUCUGUUAAAUCUGAAGUCUUUGUAUUUGCUUCUCUAGGUCUUAUGGCUUCCAUGUUAUUGUCUCUGAAAAUUUAGUAAGUUCUUGUAUUUGUGGAAACCAAUAUGCUGCUUUUUUUAUGUUUAUGAAAUUUAUUAAAACUUUAAUUUAUCUUUA